AUGCAGAUAAUAAAGCAGAUAAUUCUUCAGAAUGGGUUUCUUGUUGUUUGCUCGAAGAGGUUGCAGUGGUCGAAAUCAGAUGCAGCAAGAUUCUAUGCUGAACAUGAAGGUCGAUUCUUCUACAAUCGUCUAGUUGGCUUUAUGACGAGUGGUCCUAUGUGUGCUCAGAUUUUGGCAGGAGACAAUGCAAUAGAAAGAUGGCGGAAAUUGAUGGGACCUACAAAAACAUUCAGAGCGAAACACCUUGAACCGAACUCUAUCCGUGGAGAACAUGGCUUGACAGACACAAGAAAUGCAGCUCAUGGCUCAGAUUCCCCGGAGACUGCUGCGAAGGAAAUCAAAUUUUUCUUCCCAGAAUUCAAUAUCGCUCAAUGGUUUGAGCGGGAUGAACCAUUAUUCAGAGGAGGCGAGUUUGAGUUUUGUACAGACAGAGGGAUCCAUAUACCAAACCCAAGCUUCAUGUAUUCAGAAAGAUGACACCUGUUAAAACUAGAUAUUUAUUAAUUUAUACAAUAAUAUGAGGGUAGAUAUUCAGAAAGCAGUCGUGUUGAAAUCUUUAAAUCAUUUGAGUGUGUUUACUAUUUCUCAAUAAAGAAACUGUGCUUCUGAUCAUAUGAGAAGCUCACCACCCAGCCCAAAAUCCAAAAGAAGUCACAAAGUUGUGUCGGUGUGGGAAACAGUGCAACUACCCUUGAUCAUCCAUUGAUUUGUUGUCAUAAAAGCUGGAGGAUCACAUGCACAAAAAUGGAAGAGCAGCAUCGCACGAACAGCCAUGACCGAAGUUGGCGCAAAUUUUUGAUAAGGUCGGUUUUCAUGGGGGUGCGCAAAAACAUUUGUGAUGGAUUCAAAUGCCCCCCUCAGGCCCCCCUCCAAAUGGCAAAGACCCACUUUGCUUGUAAUGCUCCAAUAGCAUACCGAAUAUACUUAGUAUAUUUAGUAGCAUAUGACAAACUGCUAGCCGUGCUACAUGUAGGUGACUGUAUUCAAAUUGUAUUGUGAAUUCAAACGCUUCUCUUUCAUCUUGCAAGUUGACCAAUGCCCAACUAUACAGUGGCUUAUUUAUCAUUAAAUCAAAAAUGGUAUUCCAGAGAAUGAAUGAUUGUGUAUUAUGGAAUAGCAUUCAAGGGACUAGUACUCUUCCUUUUUUUUUAAUUACUUAAUAGACUCGAGGCUCCACACUAACUUUUUUCUUGGUGGCCCGAUUAGUCCACCAAAACCAUUCAUUUCAUAUUUUUGGUGGCCCUGAAACAGUAGAAAACAUUACAAUUUAUCAAAACUUUUGUAGCCCAAUCGGGCCACUAAGUGUGGGUUUUACAGAAUUUUGGUGGCUUGACUCUCAUUUUUGGUUUCCCCGGGCCACUGCUAAAGUUGAGCCCUGUAUUAGUAUUGUUUUAGCCAUCUUGUAUGUGUGAUUAUUCUGAAUCAGCUGUUUCCAAAACUUCAUCAAGCCAUUCAUGUAAUAAGUUGUGGUAAAUUACUUUUGACUAAUUUACUAUUAAAGGGCAAGUCCACCCCAACAAAAAAGUUGAUUUGAAUGAAAAGGGAAUUUAAAUUGAACUACAUGUGGACCUCGUGCUGAAAAUUUCACUAAUAUAGUGUACCCUGUAAAAUAUUAAAAGAAAGUUCUUAUGUAAGUUUUGCUUGAUUUCACUAAAACAGUUUUACACAUCCUGGUCUGCAUGCAAAUGAGGAAAUUGAUGAAUUCACUGAAUAUUUUGUAUUUUAUUUUCUGUAAUGUGAUUAUCUUAUAUUUUUUUCCUUAAAAUUAUAAUGUUAAACAAGGUUGAUUCCUCAUUUAAGUAUGGGAUUGCCAUCUUUGCAACCUAUUUGGAUUAAAAGAGAUGCUUCGAUUGUCAAAUCGGCAUUGAGAUAAUGUAUUGAAAUAUUUUAUAAUUCAUUUAAAUAUCAUCAUGCCCCUAGUCCUUUUAGGGUUAAGCUUGAUUGAAGAAGCCCUACAUACAUUAGAGCAAGUGGUUGUAGAACAUCAAUGAAUGGCAGUGUGAACGUAUGUUACCUGUGCAAUAUAUACAUGUACAUGAAAUGUAUUGAAGAUAUCCAUUUUUGGUAUAUUUGUAUUCUGUGGUUUUACUGUUCAUGGAUCAGCAUUUUUUUACUCAAAAUAUUUUACCAGGCCAAGUCUACUCAGCCAGUGCUAAAAAUUUCAUCAGAAUUGAAAGUAAUACACAUGUAUUUGCUCAGUUUCACACACAAAAAAGUAGAAAAAACAGAGGUGAGUAUGCUGACAAGGGGAUUGAUGUUACCCAGUCAACAUAUAUCACUUUCUAUUUUGUAUUUUGUUCUGUGCAAUUUGAAUUUUUUAUAUCAUAAAAAAACAAAAAUGAGUUUAUGACUCGUGGACAUUUUAAUUUGCAUAAAACCCUUUAAAUCGGCAACAUGGAUUAAAUAUUAAAAAUAACUAAUUUUGAUGAAAUCUUCAGUGCUGGGCUUAUAUUCCCCUACCCUUAUUAUUAACAACUUGUUGGAGUGGACUUCACCUUUAAAAGUACUUUUUGAUAGACACCUCACCUACCUCACAUUUGUUCAUUAUUUAUUACCCAUAUCAGACAUCUGAGCUGGUCAUCUACAAAACCAUAUUGCCCUAUAUUUCAUGAAUACCUGCAACAAGGGUAGGUAUAAUAUUUGCAUUUUGCUCGGUCUGUAUGCGCGUACCGACUUUGCAUGCAGAGACGACGCAAAAUAUACCUUUGUAUUUUCCUCGGUCUAGCAUCCGGAUAUCUGAGAACGCAUUUGAAAGCUAAGAGAUAUGCACCAUACUGAUCUACACAGUAACGAUAUUUGUCAUAAUGUUAAUGAAGAUGGGACAAUGAUGGAUGUGUCCCAAGGGACACCACUAUGUAAUUACAUCACAAUGGUAUAGCUCAGAACCCCUGAUAAACAUAAAACAAUCGACCCCUAUUCUUCAAAGAUAAGAUCUCCAUUUUCAUGAUCUUUGCUCUAGAUGUCUUGAUUUGGAUUAUAAUAAAAAUGCUGACUGGCUCUUCUAUCAGGGAACAUCAAAUAUAAUGCCCUUAAAGUAUAAAUCAUUUUGCCCACAUCUAAAGAAUCGGCCAAGUGUGAUUAUGUUGUGUGCAGUGUAUUUGUUGUUCCCUCAAGGCUAGUCAUUGUAUUGUCAUUCAUUGUAUACAGUACUGGUAUCAUCUUAUCAAGGGGUUAAGAAAACUGUAUCAUUAGUCAAUGUGUCCCAGUCCCGGGGGGGGGGGGGGGGAAGGGGCACUACUGUGACGAGUGGAUACCAUGCGUGACCAUGGGGUCUCGAAAAGCACCCUAAACAAGUAUUUUCCAUAUUCUGAAAAUGCACCCCUUAACAAGUAUUGGCGUGUGAAAGCCUACAUGUACCCUUAACAAGUAUUGGAAACCAAACAAUACUCUUAAUAGCAAGUAUUCCCUGAAAUGAACCCCUAAACAAGUACAGCGAUAUGUUUAAUUGUUACAUGUAUGUCACGGUCGUCGGUUUUACCUUUUACCUAUCAUUGGGUUAGUGCCUCACCUCCCAAACCUCGUGCAAAUCGUACUCUAAAAACGUAGUGUUGACUGUUGGGGCAAAAAGUACAUCCUUUAUAAAACAUUUUUCUUAAAAUGUUAUACCCUCGCAAAUUUGACCCUAAACACGUAGCUUUCCUACCGAAAUAGAUACCCUUUUGUUAAUAAUUUUAGUGUUUUUGACACCCUUAUUACGUUACGUACGUAACAUGCCCUAUCUUGAAAAAGACAUCCUUUUUACAUGUUUUUUGGUUCGCGCAUGGUAUCCACUUGUCAGUGUAAGUGCCCCUCCCCCCGGGUACCAGCUAGUACUCUGCUUUGUUUUUGCAAGCCAGGGGAAACUGAAAUAUGGAUCACAAUGAUAUUGCUUUGCGUUUUGCUUUGUGCUCGCCAUCUCCCUAAAUUAUGAGAGAAUUCAAAAUAUUCUCACUGGAAUAUUGAAUUAUUAUUCUUGAAGUGAUGAAUAUGCCUUAUGUCGGUUGCACCAAGGAAAUCAGACCCUUAGACCAUUUAGUUUGAGACACACAUGUUUAUAAACAAAACUUGGAUUUAAACCCAAGAAGUAAUUCAAAUAAAUGUUUAUUAUAAUGAUAAUGUGCUUUGACAUCAGGUUCAAGUAGUAUUGCAUACAUGUAGGCUUUGGUAGGUUUGACAUUUUUAUGACCAUUUUGUUUCACUCUGUUUUAUUUUCAUAUCAAACAAUACAGUUCAAAUUGCACAUAAAUUAUGGUAUCCAUUAUUGCCCGUAGCAAGUCUUUGCACAUGACAAAAAUAUAUGGAGGUCUCCAAAAUUUUUAUAACUUGUAUAUUUAUAACGCCCUCUAUCGGGGGGCUAUGGAAUUUUUUGUUGUUAAUUAGGAAAUUUGCCUUAAUCGGGUAACACUAAGACCCUGUUCUCAUCAUGAUGAGAUGAUAUAACAAAGCCGCCUUUGAAAUUGGUUUAAGGAAAACCAGUUCAACAAAGUAAUACACUCAGAACGGAGUCUAAUAUCAUAUACCUCUUUCUCUAUACCUCUAUUAAUCUUUAACAGGGUAUAAUUAAUAUUUUGAUUAUAUUCUCUACAAGUUCUCUGCAGGUUAUCAAACCAGUUUGGGUAUUUAAUGCAUUUGUAUUUCCCUUGAAGAACUGCACACAUAAUUUGUAAUUGUUUGUGUAUUCUAACUCUGAGCAAUUAAGUUUGGAGGCAAUUAUGUGAAUUAUAUUAUGAUGUAUUGGGCGAUUCCGUGCUAGAAAAAACAGCCAUUUUCACAACACUUUUCAACCUACUGUCCAAACAAAUGAGGAACUUCAAUUUGUUUUUGGUACUGCUGCGAAGUCAUGUAAAAAAUGACAACCAUCAAAAAUAUGUUUUCCAUAGGUGAAAUAGGGGUGAAAAUGUUGCCUGGUGUACAGGACAUUUCUGAGUCCCAUGCGACACACAAUUGCAACAUUUUCAGCUUUGAUUUACCCAUAAAUUAAUCAAACAUUGUUUGUUGGUUAUCAGUUUUUCACCUCACUACCCGCUAUAAAUUUAUCAUUGAAAACAAAAAAUAUUGCUCAAGCAUUCAGCUAUAAAAGAGAUUACGGGAAAUUGUUCUCAAAAUGUCUGAUACGACACUUAUGGAAUCGCCUUAUUUGUGCAGGUGUGUCAUCAUAAACUGAGGAAGCCCUAAGUGCAAAUGCUGAUAAUAAAGUUGGUUUGACUUGUA